UAUUUUAUUCACUGCUGCCUCAGUUGCUCCAUCUUGUAACCUCGCCCAUAUGUCAGCUUUGAAACUGAUACUUCUCAUCGCACCAGUCAAGAAGGUAUGACACUGGCUAUAUAUUUGUUGACUAGCCACUGCAAUCGUGAGAGACUACAACUCCCUGCAGCCUCGUCGGCAUCAUCCAUGCGCCGCAGUCAAUCAGCUGUUGAGGCAACUGCUGACUACCUCGGCACAAGGGUAGCUCGUUUGUCAUAUCUAAACCCAGACGAGGCAAACAGAAAUAUCUUUAUUUACAGAGUAUCCAAAAGGUGAACGAUAAAAGCUCAGCAAACCAUGCAGGAUGAUUUACUGAUGGACAAAAACAAAGCCCAGCCUCACCAUCAGCAAGAUCCGACGCAAGUAGACCCUCCUCCCUCCACCCCGACCCCGUCAUCGGAGCCCACUUCUUCUUCAUCGGAGUCUGAGAGCCCGUCGACCGGGACCAACCAAGCGGCUUCAGCGCUGAGCAGCAGCAGCAGCAGCGGCGGCGGCAGCAGCAGCAGCAAGGACAAAGUGCCGAUGGAGUCGCCGAUCCUGCCCGGGUUGAGCUUCCACCACCAGCCGCAGGAGACCGGCGGCCCCCUUUCCUCCCCUCCCUCCUCGUUUGGGAGCACUUGGUCCACGGGAACCACCAACGCCGUGGACGAUAGCUUUUUCCAGGGAAUACCCUCGGUGAACGGGACGAUGCUUUUCCAGAACUUCCCCCACCACGUCAACCCGGUCUUCGGGGGUAAUUUCUCCCCGCAGAUCGGCCUGGCUCCUCAGUCCCAGCAGCAUCAACAGCAAGCCCAGCAGCAGCAGCAGCCGCAGCAGCAGCAGCAGCAGCAGCAGCAGCAGCCCCAGCAGAGGAGAUCCCCUGUCAGCCCCAGCCAAGGCCCCUUCCCCCAGAGAAACGCUUAUCAGACCAUCAUGAACAACAGCAAGGGGUCCUCGUCGUCUUCUUCGGCCCCGUCGUCUGCUUGGAAUAAUCACCAAAACGCCGCAUGGAGCACAGCCUCCAACCCCUGGAGCGGGCUGCAGGCGGGCAGGGACCCGCGCAGAGCGGUGGGCGUCGGGGUAGGGGUCGGAGUCGGAGUCGGCGUCGGUGUGCCGUCACCCCUGAACCCCAUCUCACCUAUGAAAAAGCCCUAUUCCAGCAACGUUAUAGCACCCCCCAAAUUCCCGAGACCCGGUCCCCUCACCCCAAAGCCCUGGAUGGAGGAGAGCGCCUUCAGGACUGACAACAGCAACAACAUACUGCCUUUCCAGGACCGGAAUCGGCCCUUUGAUGCUUUUAGCUUGCACUCUUUGGAGAAUUCCUUAAUGGAUAUGAUAAGGACUGACCAUGACAAAGGUAAACCACACCCUGCCGGUGGCCCACCAAUGACUAUCGCUGAUAUUAUAUGGAGGAAUCAUUUUGCAGGACGCAUGGGCCUCAACUUUCAUCAUCCUGGAGCCGACCACAUAAUGCCGUUGAAUACAGCCCGGAGCUAUGGCCGCAGAAGAGGUCGCUCCUGCCUUUUCCCCUUUGAGGAUGGUUUCCUCGAUGAUGGCCACGGUGACCCCUCCUUGACCCCGGGCCUGAACUCACCGACCCGCUGUCAGAACGGAGAGAGGAUGGAGCGCUACUCCAGGAAGGUGUUUGUCGGAGGCCUCCCCCCUGACAUAGAUGAAGAUGAAAUCACCAACAGUUUCCGUCGUUAUGGACACCUGGUGGUUGACUGGCCCCACAAAGCUGAGAGCAAAUCCUACUUCCCACCUAAAGGCUACGCCUUCCUGCUGUUCCAAGAAGAAACCUCUGUUCAGGCCCUGAUCGACGCCUGCAUCGAGGAGGAUGGCAAGCUCUACCUGUGUGUAUCCAGUCCCACCAUCAAAGACAAACCGGUCCAGAUCCGUCCCUGGAACCUGAGCGACAGCGACUUUGUCAUGGAUGGCUCCCAGCCGCUGGACCCCCGCAAGACCAUCUUUGUAGGGGGUGUGCCGCGGCCCCUGCGUGCAGUGGAGCUGGCGAUGAUCAUGGACCGGCUGUACGGAGGUGUUUGCUACGCCGGCAUCGACACCGACCCAGAGCUCAAAUACCCAAAGGGAGCAGGCCGCGUGGCCUUCUCCAAUCAGCAGAGCUACAUUGCUGCCAUCAGCGCUCGCUUCGUUCAGCUGCAGCACAAUGACAUCGACAAAAGGGUGGAGGUGAAGCCGUAUGUCCUGGACGACCAGAUGUGUGACGAGUGCCAGGGGGCACGCUGCGGGGGGAAGUUCGCCCCCUUCUUCUGUGCCAACGUCACCUGCCUGCAGUACUACUGCGAGUACUGCUGGGCCAGCAUCCACUCGCGGGCCGGCCGAGAGUUUCACAAGCCACUGGUGAAGGAGGGGGGCGACCGCCCUCGACACGUGUCCUUCCGCUGGAGCUGAGGGGGCGUCACCAGUCAGCCCUGCCCCGGUGAACCCACACCCGAGCCCCGGGAACACCUCCUGCACCCCUCCUACCUUAGAGGCCGGGACAGCGCUGCAACCCCCCCCACCCCACACAGCCCCAGCUACUCCACCCUGCUCCCCACAAGCACCUCAUGAAAAAAGCAAAAAGGAUACCGUCAAACCCAUGGGACUGUCUUCAUACCACAUGGCUCUGAACUCAUUGUCUAGUGUUCCCCUCUGAUGAAGCAUUGCGGGGAAAUGAAAUGCGAAAGUCUAUCAGCUUAGAAUUUGCACUUUGGCACAAAAUCUUACGAAACACACACAGACACACAUACACACACACACACAGACACAGAAGAACACACACAGGAUGGUAUGUUAGACACCUGGCUACUUUCAGUUCCCCGUUCUGUUGACUGGGUGGUGUGGUACGUCCUGUUGGACCCCCCCCCCGUACUGACACAGAGGUGGGACCACACAAAUAUUUAAAAAAGUAUAUAUUUUUUGUUUUGUACCUAUCUAUACAUACAUAGAUAAUUUAAAUUUUAUGUAAAAGGAGCAUGCACUUAUUUUGAAAAGCUGUAGUUAUAUUGCCCCUAGAAAAAAAAAAGUCAUUACCAAAGGCAAAAUGAAAUUUAAGCAAACAGAAAAUUUAAAUAGGUGGCAUAUGAUGUAGCAAGAUUUAACAACUAUCCAGUAGUGUGGGCCCGUAUCGCCCAGAGUAAAACUACCACGGCUAUAUUCGCUCUCAAUUUUGACUCUGAAAAUAUUAAUACCUCAUACACGCAAUCGGAUUAGUUUGCUUUCGAUUUCUAGGUCUUUAUUUUUAUAAUAACAUUAUUUUUUAGUGUUAUGUAAAUGUAAUGCUGCAAUAGCUUUGCUGCUAAAUCCAUGGUAUAAACAGAUACCAUACGUACUUUAUUCAGGCUAGGGUGUAAAAUAAUAACCGAUCGAGAGGAGUGACGAGCUAUCACGGGGAGGAGGGGCCGCCCCUAGACGACGAUGGCUACCUUUUGUGGGGGGUCGGGGUGGGUCGCCCCUAACUGCAUGUUUAUUUCAAUCAGGUUGCUGCAUGCAAUAGAAUUUUUCAGUAUCAUGUCUACUAUUCAAUUCUGCCCAUGUUUGCACAACACACUACAGACGUACAUUCGACUCGCACGGAACUGGACAGAGGCAGGGAGGACUGGUCGUAGGAAAUGGCGGCGGCUCCGCGUCGCCGGUCGGCCGCCGCAGACACGUCCUGCACAGAACGGGAAGUGAACACAUCCAGACGACAGGGGGGAAAAAAAACAACCUUAAUAAUCACAAAUCAAAUUAAAUGUAGGAUUACCAUUUAAAACUGUC